GAGACCUCGAAAAUGGUGACAAAGGUCUUCGGAGGUUCCACGGCCUAAGCGUGUCACUUCGUAACCGUCUUAGGGAGGUUGCGACAGGUACAUGCUUACUCUUACUUUUUGCAAACUAAUUCCUCCUCGGCUACCGGCUCGGCCAUGCACAACCGAGAAGCGACUGACGACAAGCUUCCCAGCCAGCGGGGCUCCGCUGUGCUUGUUGUAUCUUCGCCGAAGUCGCCCCCUACCGGUGGGCCGCUUGGCUUGUCGAGCCGAUCCAUCGGUCUCAUGCUCUGGGCCCUCGUCCGCGUGCUGUGGGAGUCGGAUCAUGUCGCCCGCGCCUGCCAUGCUCGCCACGCUGCGCCAUUGCGGGCGUCCUUCGCGGAAGAACGUGACUUACGCCAGGACUCGGCUCGGAUGGGUAAGAAUAGGGGGAAGACGCCGGGACCGCAGUGGGCACGCAGCUGCUUGGCUUUGGUCUGCGUGUCAAGGGCACCAGGGCGCUGAGGGCUGGACCCUUUCAAAGGACCAGGACGCGGCUGCUGCCGCGUUUGCCUGGCUGGCAGACUCUUGCGGGCUUGUAGGGCUCUACAUCAUCGGGCAGACCGCAAGGCCGACGGCACUGCCCUGCGUUGCUUGCGACGUGUAAUCACGUCACAAGGUCAAAGCUGCGGGAAACGGGCGGAAGCGUGCAGGCAACUGGCAAGAAGGGCGCCCACUCAGCAGCAAAGGACAGAAGAGCAAGCGCAGAAAGUGGCGGAGGUUUUUGCAGGUCGUGAGGCUGGCGGUGGCGGCCCAGCAAGGCCCCGCGCGCUCCUCCGGAGUGCUCAUCUUUUCGAUGAUGUUGCGCGUCAGUAAAUGCACAAAACCGAGACACGCUGGCGACCGAGCCCAAUGCUGCAGGGCGUGACGGCGAGAGCCUCGAACGGCUGCGGCUUUUUACUCUCGACGCGGCCGCUGGUUGGGAUGAUGGUCGGAGCGGAGGAGCGUCCCACAGCGGGCCAAAUUCGCAGAGCGUCUGGCGCAAGAGAAUGAAGCGGCAAAAGAUUCAGGACAGCGCGCAGAGAGUCGCUGCGCUAUCUCUUCUGGUGUGCAGCCCUACCCUUCGGGAAACGUCCUGAAGGAGUUCGCGCAGAACGCUGAAGAGGCUGCCGCGAUCGGGGCGGAGGUGUUCGGCGUGAUGCUAUUGGGAGAGGUGGCGCGCCUACGUAGUUGGUCAAACUGCACGAGGCUGGUCCGCGUCAAUUCGCAGACACUGCGGGAGCGCCUGGCGUUACUAGCUUUCAGGCGUUCCGCUCCCAAACGGUGCAGACAUGUGCACUAAAGGCGCCGUCGUGGUGCACUGUUCUCAGACGGUGCCUGCGACGAAGAGGACAGAAGCGGAGCGCAACUGAUGAGCAAGGACAGGCCCAGUGUUCGGAGAUGAACGCCAAGGCUGAGCGGCUGCAGCCAGAGCGGGCGCGGGUAUGCGCGCGGCGUCGGCCCCCGGCUCUCUCGCUCGUGUGGUGCGGCUGUGUGUCUUUAAGAACGCGGCCUGCUGGGCGAUGCUGCUGCGUGUGGUUGCGUUUUGUGUAUCAGACACACAGUGGACGCGGCUACCGCGUCGCGUAAACGAGACGGCUGGCAGCGUCUGGCGUUUUUUGCUGCUUUGUGGAUUGUUUUGGGCUGUGGUGGCAUUCAGGUGCAGGGGAUGGAUGUGUGCCACCGCCACGGUGGCUGUGCAGUGGCACGCCAGGAGUCUGCGUGGCUGGUGUUCAUCAGCUUCAGGCUCAGGAGUAGCAGCGCCAGCGGCGGCCGUAGGUUGGUUUCCGCCUUCUUGCUUUUUCUCUGCGGUGGGCCGGCUCCUGGCUUUCGCGUCUUCUUCGAUGGUCUGGGCCAGUGAUUUCGCUACGGUCUGGCUUUUUUUAGCUUUUUCUCACUCUUCUGCUUGUAGAGGCUUCGUUCGCCAAGGGGGGCCGUCAGGGCUGGGAUAGCGGUCUUUACCUGCUUGGCUUGGAUAUUUCUUUUGUGAGUAUUGUUGCGGUUGGUUUUGUGGCUCGUUCUUGCUCUUGGGGUUGAGGUUGGGCAAGGUCAUCUUGCUGACGCGCUGUUUCAAAUUAGUUUUAGACGCGCUGGCGAUCUAGUCGCUCUUUGGGAACAUGGGUUUUGGCUAUUCUUGUCCAGUCUGUAGCAUGAUUCGAAGACUUCGAGCGCCAGCGUUGGUGCUCCUGUAGUUCUUCAUCUGUAUACUCAAAUCCAACUCGCCCCUUAAUUUUUACCACAGCCAGAAGUAGGAACGUCGAUCAACCAGACAAAUGCAACUUGUCACGCACACACCCUCCAGGUCAUCCGCGGGCGCGAGCUUCAACUUUUCCGAUUCUUGGUGCUGUGACCGAUAUCAAUUCGCUGUAGCCUUUUGGAAAUCCGCACGCGCCUUGUACGAAGAUACAGACUUUUACCAUGAGGACUGGCGCCUGGGAGUAACUGCUUGCCCUUUGCGUAUCAACUCAUAUUGUAGCGGAUCCGCAAAUAGCUUUUGAAUAUGAUCUUCUGUUCUAGGCUACAGCACUACAAAAUUGAACUGCUCAGUGCUACGUGGGGGCGCCAUCUGAUUUUCCUUAUUCUUACGCGCAGUUAUGUCCAAUGUUUGAGUCUGUCUUACAUGUUUGGAAGGAUAUCGUCGCUCACUGGGUCAGCAGCAGUUUCUGCAGCACUUCUUUAGUUCUUCUAAAUUUGUCAGUACACAGCAGGCUCAUGCCAUUUGAAGCACUUGACUGAUUCAAUCCCACAAGUAGGAAAGUAAGCAUCGCUAUCGUUAUCAUUCGUUUCAAUGUGGAUUCUUGUUCUUUCCCUGAUCAAAAAACUCAAUUAUAAGCAAUCUUUUCCCAUUUUGUUCUCCUACUUAUGUGGAUCUGCAACAGAAAACUAGAACUACGGCGGAGCGCAUUUUUGCGUGCUUUUUUGAAGCUAGCGAAGAAAGUAUCUAGACUCUAGUUUCUCUACAGCUUUACUAGUCUCGAGUCUCUUGGAUUCUUAUGCCUCUUUAUUGAGAGCUGGUUUGUCAUUGUUUUGGUUUUCAACUCUGUACUUCACUCGAGAUUUAUCUUUUAUUCACGCUGAUCCUCGCCACGCGUCAACUCCAACCUCCACCCGAUAUUUGAUCUAUGGCAAUCGAUUUUGUUACCUGGUAGAGCAAAGAGGCGUCGGGCGUUUUUCUUCUUUCGUAUAUAUGUAUUCCGUUGUAGCAGAAGCAGUAGCAUGAAAUUUCUUCCCUUCCGCGACACAUUUCUUCUAACUUCCUACUGUAGACGCAUCGAAAGAACUCCCCCGAUCCUGAAAAAAUAUUCACUAUCCUAUUAGAAACUGACUACAGGAAAUGGCUCAUAUUUUGAUGCUUGGAAAAGCAUCAUAUCCAUCAGCACAAGGCACGACUUCUACUUGUUUCGAAUGAUUCGAUAUUUUUGAUGAAGUAGUGGCCUUCGUCACCAUGACUUGAAACGAUGACGAAGAUUUUCCGGGCAUCAAUAUAAUACUUUCCUAGACGAGUCACCUCCCAUCCACACUCGUGCAUGUACGUAGGUUGCGUGUCUGGCUACUAUGAAGAAAAUGAAUAUAUUCGCCUGCGUGUCUUCGAUAUCUAUCUCAGUGCUCGCGUAUUUUCGAAGAAUGUGAAUACUCUUGACUACGUAACAUUCUCACGCAGCCAAAGCUCCUGCUGUGGUUUCAAACUUUUGAGAUAUGCAAGCGCAACCCCUUGCUUGAUGAUGCUUGACGCUUCCCACCUGGAAUGAGCAGCGCUUUCCCCUUCAAUAUUAUUUCUUAUUGUGUAACGAUAGUCCAAGAUGGCCUCGUCCACAGCUACGCCCUUGAUCUUGGAUUUACCAUUACCCUGACCUGAAAAAUGAAUUCACUGCUCUGAUCGUGUAGCUCAUCUUCCCGCUUCAGCUUCAACGAGUGAAAUGAAUAUACUCUCAGGCGCAACUUCUUCUCAGCGU